UCCCCAUCAUCCCAUCCUAGAAUUCCCGGCCGGCCUUUAAACACAAACCCAAUUAAGUGAUACUAGCUAGCUUCAGAUAUAUCGAUGGCUUCCAAGAGUAGUGCGUCCCUUGCUCUUCUCCUUGCCUUGAACCUUCUCUUCUUCACUCUUGUGAGCUCUACCUAUGUCCCUUGCCCACCACCACCAAAGAAGCCAACCCCAAAACCCCCAAAGCCUCCUGUAUACCCUAGUUGCCCAAGGGACACACUGAAGCUAGGCGUUUGUGCCAACCUGUUGAACGAUUUGGUGCACCUCGUCAUCGGAACCCCACCAAAGUACCCUUGCUGCACUCUCAUUGAGGGUCUUGCUGAUCUCGAAGCCGCUGUUUGCCUCUGCACUGCCAUCAAGGCCAACAUCUUGGGCAUUCACUUGAAUGUCCCCGUCUCCUUGAGCUUGCUGUUGAAUUACUGUGGCAAGAAGGUCCCCUCUGGCUUCCAAUGCGCCUAAUUAAGCCCCCGAAGCGCUACGCUUCUUCUUAUUAUUUCUCUCUUCAUGCAUUAUUGGUGUGUUGCUUUCUGCUCGAUCUGGUUUCAGGAAUUCUCCUCCUUUGAUUGUGUGUCUUUAAAAGUUUUCCUCGUAAUUGUACUCUUGAUUCGUUUGGUGGAUGGAACUUGGAAGGCUCCUCACCUUCCUGAUCUACAUCUUCUGUAGCCUUCUUAAUUUCUCCCAAUUCUAAUAAUGACAAUGGACGGGUCUGUUUUUUGUUUUGUAGCUGUAUAAAUAAGAAGUCUUAUUUCAGAAUGAAAUUAUUGGAUUUUAUUAUUGCACAA